AUGCAUUCUAUGUUUAUAUAUUUGCAUUCUGUAUGUCCUAUUUUAUCAUACUGGCAUACUAAUGAAUUUUCAUCGGAGAGUGUAAAAAUUGCCGAUGCUGUUUAUAGCAUUGAUUGGACUUCCUCAAGUGUCGAAGUCCGAAAAUGUGUUUUAAUAUUGUUAGUGCGCUGUCAAACAUCAUUAACGAUUUCAGCUGGCGGUGUGUAUCCCAUGACAUUGGAGGCAUUUCAGGUACUUUUAAAUGCUGCAUACACCUAUUUUAACAUGGCGCGAGGUUUUAUGGCCCAAUAA